UUUUCCUAAACCUUCUUCUUCUGUCUUCUUCAACCUUUUCCCUCACCAACAAACAAACCCACCAGCUCAAAGUCAAACCUUUGUAACUGUUUUAAUUCUUAUUCUGCAACAAUUUUAUUUAUGUUCUCUUUCUAUACUCUCAACAAUAUAUAUCAUCUCUGCCUCUUCAAAGCUUUCCUUUCUUCAUCUAAGCCCAAAGUCUAAGAGAAAAUUCAUCUAGAGCUAUAAAUUUCUGAUCUUUUUUACAUGGAAGGAUAAGUUUAUAAAGCUCAUAACUUCUCACCUAAGAAAAGGAAAGACAGGGAUUGAAGAAGAAGAAGAAGAUGAAAACAAAUAAGGGAAUUACAAUAACACUUUCAAGCCUCUUAUUGCAUGCUUCACUUUUUAUAUUGUGUGUAGAGCAUGGAAGUGGCAGAAAAACAAUAAUUGGAACAAAGAAAAGCAUCAUCAUCAAUUCAUCCUCUAAAGGGCAUCACAUGACAAUGGAUGACCCUUCACUCAAAGUGUUCUUCACACCAAAGGACCUCAAAAUUCAAAAUACGUUUCCCAUAUACUUCCCUGCCAAAAACCUCUCCCAUUCCCCUCGGUUCCUCACCCGAGAGGAAUCGGAUUCCAUUCCUUUCUCUUCAUCCAAACUUCCUUUUCUCCUCGAUUUUUUCUCAUUCCCCAAAGAAUCACCUCAAGCUAAGGCCAUAGAGUACACCCUCAAGCAAUGUGAGCUAGAACCUAUCCAAGGGGAGACUAGAUUCUGUGUCAGCACCUUAGAAUCCAUGCUAGACUUUACAUCGAAUCUCUUUGGGCCCGGUGUUAGAUUUCGGGUUUUGACUACAACCCCUUUGAAAAAUACUAGCACGCAGUUGCAAAACUACACCAUUUCAGGAGAACCUAAAGAGGUUUUCGCUCCCAUAAUGCUCGGGUGCCAUACAAUGCCUUAUCCUUACGCGGUUUUCUAUUGCCAUAGCCCGGGGAAGGAGAGCGAAAACAAGGUGUUUCAAGUGUCACUUUUGGGAGCCAAUGGCGAGAGGGUGGAAGCGGUUGCCAUUUGCCAUAUGGAUACUUCACGGUGGGAUCGCGAUCACUUGUCGUUUCGAGUGCUCGGGAUUGAGCCAAGGAGUUCCCCUGUUUGCCAUUUCUUUCCAUGGGAUAAUUUAGUUUGGGUUCCUUUGACAUCUAGUACUUAAUACAAUUUAUUUCUUAUAUUAGCUACAAACUUACUUGUUUUGUAGAUUAUUAAACAUGUGGUGAUUUGAUUAUGUUGAAUGUAUAUGAAUUUACCAUAGCACUAAAAUAGCUGAACAUGUCAAAUGUAGCUAAAAAUUCAAAUAAUGUUAAGUCAAAAUGUAUUGUAUUUUAACUUUGAGCUAUUUUAGCUCAAAGCUUAACUAAAUGUGCUACACUUUUUAUAUGUGAGCUAAAUUAUAUAUAUUUUUUUUGUA